UUAAUUUAAUUGACGAUUCCACAGUUCGCCAGGUCAACGCCAAGGAUUUUUUUUGUUUCGUAAACAAUUACAAUGUAUCUUAAUUUUUUUAGAAGUUUAUACGGAUUGACAGGAAAUACAUAUUUGCCGAGGCCAGUAAGACACUUCUGUAGUACAACACAAGGACAGGCUGUGGUCUCAGAGCGCAAGGCCUCUGUGGUAAGCGUGGCUAUAAACCGCCCCGAGGUGCGUAACGCGGUCAACCAGGAGACGGCAAGGCGUCUGCUGGAGGAGUUGGAGGCCUUUGAGAAGGACCCAGCCUUGAACGUGGCUGUCCUGCAUGGGAUAGGAGGCAACUUCUGUGCUGGAUAUGAUCUGAAAGAGCUGGCCAAUCACACGGCCUCUCUCAAAUUGGAGCAAGAUGUCACCAAGGGUCCUGGGCCACUGGGUCCCUCUCGUUUGGAGUUCUCCAAGCCGCUGAUAGCAGCAGUCAGCGGUUUUGCCGUGGCCGGAGGUCUAGAGCUGGCCCUGCUGGCUGAUCUACGUGUGGUGGAGGAGGGCGCCAUCAUGGGGGUGUUCUGUCGUCGGUUUGGAGUUCCUUUGAUUGACGGGGGCACGGUGAGACUCCCGCGGCUCAUUGGUUUGUCCAGAGCUCUGGACCUGAUUCUGACCGGGCGGCCCAUCGGAGCACAGGAAGCGCUCGCUUACGGGCUAGCGAACAGAGUUGUCCCUGAUGGCCAAGGAUUACAGGCGGCCCUGCAGCUUGCCGAGCAGAUCAGCUCCUUCCCGCAGCAGUGCCUGAGGGCCGACCGCUCCUCGGCUAUCUACAGCUGCUAUGACGCACCCUCCUUCAUGCGGGCCAUGCAGUACGAGGUGGACAACGGCGCACCCGUCAUCUUGUCCGAAGCCGUCGCCGGGGCAAGUAAAUUCACCACCGGGGUUGGACGAGGAGGGACAUUUUCAUAAGGUUUCAUUUUUCAAUCAUAUCUUAUUUUAACAUAGCAGGAAGCUUAGUCUAGUCCAGUCUAGUCUAGUCUAGUCCACGGCUGGGCACACCUUUUGACGCACAGGCGGCAUUGGCUUCAUCAAAUCUGGCGGAGGGGGCCAUCAAACAGAGCAACAUACUUGCUCACGGUGCAACAAAAUAAAAACACAACAUAUCACAGGGAAUUAUUGUAUCACAUAAAUCAACAAGUACGACUACGUGGGUGAUUCACAACAACUAAGCGCUAAACAUAGCAUAACUUUAAACAGUUAUUUCCAAAUGACCGCAAGACAUGCUGGGUAGUCCAUCUGCAACCACAAUAUGAACUAUGAACAAUAAAACAUAUGUUCACUCCUAUUUGUUUACUUCUCUGACGACUUCAGCAAAUUUCGCGACAAACAUUGCAAAAUGUUGAGAGAGUAACCACAAGUUACCCUGCAUGCCUUGCGGCAGGAAUAUAUAUGGGUAUGCGUAAAUAUUUAUUUGUAUGCCCACAUGUUGUGUUUAUGUGCUGUGUUGCUUUGUGGAUCGCUUUUUUGUACGAGCUACACAAAUUUGGAAAUGCCUGGUGGGCCGGAUGAAGACGCUUGGUGGGCCUGAUGUGGCCCAUGCGCUGUAGUUUCCCCGCCACUGGUCUAGUCUGUUGUCUUAUACUACCUUGUAAAGGUUACUAAUAGUGACUUUCUAUACAAGUAAUAUGUUAAGAUGCAAAAUGGUGCCCACAGUGAGAUACAUAAAUGACCAUUAACAACCAAAUAUGAUGUUUAUAUGAAUGACUGCCUGUUAGUCCCACCAUGGUAAUGGUUUGAUUUCAUUUGAACAUGCAUCAGAUUACAAUUGAAUGCAUCACAUAAUCAGUUCACAGUUCCACAUGUCCAAAAGGAGUAGGAAGAAGCAAAGCUUAUUAAAUCCUACCCCUCCAUCUGGUACUUUUACAAUCAGUAACUGUUACAUUUGUUCACUUCCUGCUUUCCUAAUAUAGUUUAAAAAAUGUUUAUUAUUUAAUUUAAUUUUUUUGUCCCGUACCGAAGUACAAGGUCAUAUGACCAUACAAUGACAUAAUGGGUACCAUAGUAACUUUCUGCUUUCCGAAUAUAGAUUUUAUUUAUUUUUUAAUUUUAUUAGUUUUUUUUUGUUUUUUUUGUCACACACCGAAGCAAAUGUAGUGGGAUAAUGUACAUGUUACGAACUGUAAUUAGUAGAAAAAAAAAAAGAUUACAAUGCAAGAAUA